AUGUUGGAUGUUGAUGAAAAAAACGGAGAACGUGCAAGUAAAGAAUUAAAUGACGAAUGUUGUCGUGAUUGCACUUGUUUCCAUAAAGUAGACGUAACUUGCCAUGAAGAAUUCGAAGAAGCUUUCAAAAAUUGCCUAAAAUGGGUGAGAAAAUUAGACCUCGUGUUCAAUAACGCUGGUAUCUUAAAUGACCAUAAAUGGAAAGAAACCGUUGCAAUCAAUACCACUGGAAUGAUUCGUGGAACAAUGUUCGCUUUCAAAUAUAUGGGCAUAGAUCAAGGUGGAUGUGGUGGUAUAGUCGUCAACAAUGCAUCAAUUUUGGGUUUACAACCAUUAGCGGGUUCUCCUGUUUAUUGUGGCACCAAACAUGCAGCUGUUGGAAUGACUCGUUCAUGGGGAACUCCAUUCUGGUAUGACCGAACUGGAAUUAAAUUUAUGGCAAUUCUUCCAGGUGUUACUGAUACUAAUAUGAUUACUGGAGCUCAUGGACCUGACGAUCCCUUAACUAAAGAACUAGCUAGAGGAUUGGAUUCUUUAGCCCCUCAACCGGUUGACAAGAUUGGUGAUCAUUUUGCGACAAUAAUAACACAAGGAUCCAAUGGUUCGCUGUGGGUAUCUGAAAACGGUGAAACAUAUGAGGUUGAAAUUCCUGAUAGAUCAGCACUUAAACAUAUUAAAUAA